GCGCGGGUCCCGCCGGCGGCGCUGCUCUCCUGCUGCGGGGCCCGGCCGAGCCGGGCCGAGCCAAGCCAAGCGCAGGUUCUGAAAAGCCGGAGGAACGGACCGAUCUGGAUGGCUUCCCCCGACAGGAGGGAGGGUGCCCGGCCCCCGAGCCCUGGCUGGGACCCGAAGCAGAGCGGGGCCUGUCCGGCCCAGGAGCAGGCAGCCCGCCAGCCGGCCAUGCUAAGGAAGGCGCAGGAGUUCUUCCAGACCUGUGACCCAGAGGGCAAGGGCUUCAUUGCCAGGAGCGACAUGCAGAGGCUCCAUGAGGAGUUGCCGCUCAGCCUGCAGGACCUGGAGGACGUGUUUGGCGCCCUGGAUGCUGAUGGCAAUGGUUUUCUGACCCCAGAGGAGUUCGCUACUGGCUUUAGCCACUUCUUCUUCAGCCAGAGUAACCUGAGUCAGGAGGAUGCAGACAAGCAGGUGGCCCGGCUCCCGGAGGAGAAGGUGUACCAGUCCAGAGGGGAUAGGGACCUGGGGAGUGUGGACCAGGAUGAGGAAGCCCAGUUCCAGAUGCUGAUGGACAGACUCGGAGCCCAGAUGGUGCUGGAGGAUGAAAGUGACAUCAAGCAGCUCUGGCUGCAGCUGAAGAAGGAUGAACCUCACCUGCUGUCCAACUUUGAAGAUUUCCUGACCAGGAUCUUCUCCCAGCUCCAAGAAGCCCACGAGGAGAAGCAUGAACUAGAAUGUGCCCUAAAAAAGAAAAUUGCAGCUUAUGAUGAAGAAAUCCAGCAUCUCUAUGAGGAGAUGGAACAACAAAUCAAAAGCGAGAGGGAGCAGUUUCUCCUGAAAGACACAGAGAGGUUCCAGGCCCGCAGUCAGGGGCUGGAGAAGAAACUGUUUGCCAAGGAGCAGGAGCUGGAGCGACUCAACCAGAAGCAGAAAAAGCUGGAAGGCCAGUGCAUGGCCCUACACAAUGACAAGCAUGAGACCAAGGCUGAGAACACCAAGUUGAAGCUCACAAACCAAGAGCUGGCACAGGAGCUGGAACGGGUCUCAAGGGAGCUGCAGGAUGCCCAGCAGCAACUGGAGAGCCUCCAGCAAGAGGCCUGCAGGCUGCACCAGGAGAAGGAGAUGGAGGUGUACCGCGUGACAGAGAGUCUGCAGCGGGAAAAGUCGGGGCUCCUGAAGCAGCUGGAUUUCCUAAGGGAGAGGAACAAACACCUCCAGGACGAGCGGGACGUAAGCUUUCAGAAAGAUAAGGCAGCCCAGGCAAACACAGCUGCUUCCAAGGCAAGCUGGAAACAGAGAUCUGGCUCCGUGAUUGGCAAAUAUGUGGAGAGCAGAGUGGUUCUUAGAAGCCAGUCCGAGGAGGAGGAGGAAGAUGUGUUCUGCGCUCUGAGAAGGAAGAGCUCCCUGGGUCUGAGUGCGUAUCCCCUCACAGAAGAGGAGUCAGGGCCGGGCCAGCCAGAGGCUGGGGCUCCACACUGCCCAGCCCUCCGCAGGAUCAUCUCCAUCGAGGAGGACCCCCUGCCUCAGCUCCUGGACAGCAGCCCCCAGCAACCCCCGAGCAAGUGCCCGGAACAGGAGGGAGCCUCCAGCAGGGGGGCAGAGGGACCAGUCCAGCAGGCCGCACCCUCAGCACUCUACCCCUCAUCUCCCCGAGGGCAGCCUGUGGGAAAAGAAGCCCGCUGUCAGGAGGAAAGCUCGCCCUCCACUCCAGACCGACUCUUCAAAAUCGUGUUUGUGGGCAACUCUGCGGUGGGCAAGACAUCCUUCCUGAGGAGGCUCUGCGAGGACUACUUCUCCCCAGGUGUCGCAGCCACUGUGGGUAUCGAUUACCGAGUGAAGACGGUGAAUGUGGAUGGCUCUCAGGUGGCCCUGCAGCUGUGGGACACGGCUGGGCAGGAGAGGUACCGCUGCAUCACCCAGCAGUUCUUCCGGAAGGCUGACGGCAUCAUCAUCAUGUACGACCUCACGGCCAAGGAGUCGUUCCUGUCAGUCCGGCAGUGGCUCAGCAGCGUGGAGGAGGCUGUAGGAGACCACGUUCCUGUUCUGCUGCUGGGAAAUAAACUUGACAAUGAGAAGGAGCGGGAAGUCCCCCAGGGCCUGGGGGAGCAGCUGGCCAAGGAGCACGAUCUGAUCUUCUAUGAGUGCAGCGCCUGUUCUGGUCACAACACCAUAGAGUCCCUGCUCCACCUAGCCAGGUUCCUCAAGGAACAGGAAGACACGGUGAGGGAGGACACCAUUCAGGUGGGCCGUCCCACCAAGAAGAAACCCUGCUGCGGAUGACGGGGGGCCUCUGAGGACUGGCUGUAGGGCAGCGUGGGCCUGCAGAUGGGCUCCGUGCUGCAGCCGCGCCAAGUCCUGCCCAGACUCUGUCUUUGUUGGUGAUUCGCCUCCUCCAGGAGGGACGUCAUUGGGUCGGCAGUGCGGCUCCCAUGCAUCUCUCCUGGACCCCAAGUGCCCAUUCCCUUGUCCCCUCCAGCUUGGUUUCCUGGGGGAAAGAAACAGAUGGGCUUUUCCAGAAAAGCUGUCAUGUGCCUUCUCCACCUUCCUCCUCCCUGGGCCCUUAGGAGCCUCUGUGCUGCGGUUGCCAUGGCAACUGUGGGGCACCACCUUGCUCCUUCCUGGAGGCCGAAGAUGCACCACUCGGGUGAAGCCAGAGCUGCUCUUCUUGCUUUGACCCCUGCUCUCUACUCUUGGCACACACUCUGUGGAUCUUGAGAGACCCGAGUUGUGGAAAGCAGUGCAUCUCUGCCUAGGGGCUCUGCCCCCCAUCCCAGCCUCAGGGCAGUCUUCUGAUGGUCACUGGGCCCACAGGUUCCCCCUCUGGGUCUCUAGAGCUGAGCCUCCCAGAGAACCCACAGCCUUUCCUGCCCAUCUGCAGUGACCACCCUGACUCCAAGGCAAGCCAUGUCUGGAGCUAGGGAGUCAGCUUUCUUCCUAACUCUGACUAAGAGAUGGAAAGAAAACAAGAGUAGAAACCAUCUGCUGCUAAGGGAGCGGCAUCUCUAGAGGGUAUAAGGAAGGUACAGACAGCUGUGUAAAGCCAUGUUUCAAACGUGCCUCAGAAUAGCUCUGGAAGGAUCACGCGUGAUGAUUACGGUGGACUGAUACGCAGGCAGUGUGGCCCAGCAUGAGGGCCUCAGUUACCGACUGCAUUUUCCUCUAUUUUUCUUUCUCCAGGAUGGUGUACUUUUCUCUAAUGUGGCUGUAAGUUGGCAUUUUGGUGGUGUUUGAGAAGGGACUAGAGUGUAGCUGCUGGCUUUGUCACAGGCUGCUGGAAGGGAGGGAAAGGCCUGGGUCGCCAUGAGAUUCCUUCCACUGGGGAGCUUUCUCAGGCACUGGCAUUCUCCAGGGAUCACGGGAGGGCAUCGGGUGCAGCAAGUGCGUUCGUUGUCCUGGGCAGGAGGUCGGAUGGAAAGAUCACAAGACCUCUGCCAAUUGCAAGUCCAGGACUGCAGGCCCAGGUGCCCACCAGAAGGUGGGUGGUCCAGACCCCAGUGUGGUGCACACUGAGGGAAGACGGCAGGAAGUGUCCCAGGGUCAAGCCCCCAGUAGCUGGCCAAAGACAUCCCACACGCGGGAGUCCCAAGGGUCUACCCCCCCUCCUCCCAGACCCAAAAGAGUCGCCUUGGUGGGUCACUGAGCCAGAGGCGACCUCCUUUUUGCAAAUCUCUCCCCCUAGUCUCCCCCUGACACUUGCAGAGGGCACGAGUGUCUGGAGGUCUGGAGGUGCUCCCUCCAGGGCCCUGCCUCACCACCACAGCAGGCGGUGGGCUAUUUGAAGCUCAGGAACUUCCUGCUCAGAUGCUUAUGGUGGCAUAUUCAUUUUCCUUCAUUGACUGACCCCAGAUCCCUGUCCAAGUUUGGAGAGAACUUUCAAGAAGCUCCUGUCUUGAGGGAAGGGUGGUGGUGAUGGCCUUAGAGGCUGGGCAGGCAGUGUGUGUGUGUGUGUGUGUGUGUGUGUAGGGUAAGUGGAGGACAGGGUGGUCAGAGAAUAGAUUGGCUCCUCUGCUGGCCAGACCCAGAGAAGGAACUGGUAUUGGACUGGUAUUGUGGGUAAGCAGACUCCACCUGAGGCUCCCUACGUCCGCAGAUGACUUUAUCUCCCAUGCCUUGUCCCCACCCCAGGUUGCAUUUUUCUCAUUUAUAAAAAGUGCCUUCAAGGGCUUGCAGGUAGGUGGGACAACCCUGCUGCCAGUCUUCUGGCAUGGGGUCAAUGCCACCACUCUUCCGAGGCCUGGCAGAGAAGGAGGGGUAGGAGGACCUCCACCAACCUUGACCAGGACGCACACAGCAGCUCAGACCUGAGGCCAACCUUGGUAUUUACCUGUGCGCGGCCAACACUCUUGCCCCUAGCUGGCCCAUACCCCUGCUCCCCCAGCAUGGCUCCUUAUGCCCUUUUCGGGGUCUGCUGCUGCCUUCAGCCCUGCGCUGCCAGUUCAAGACCUCCAGCACCAAAUCAAAGCCUGGUGCUCUGCUCACAUCUCGCAUGGGUUUCCCUUCAGUCUUGUUAGGGUCUUCUGUUCCCCAUGACACCCCAGCUCUCCCUCUCCUGUUCUGUAUUCUUGUCCUCUUCUUCAGUCUUGGGCUUCCUGCUCUCCCCCUGGGUCCACUCCAGGAUACCUAGGUGCUCCAUCACAAACGCCUGGAACCUGUGUUCUUAUCCCAAGAAACCACUGUUCAGAAGGAUGCUAGACUAAUCUCAGCAGCGCUACUCUCACUAAUGUGGCUCCAGGGCUGUAUUUGUAUGUUAACAAAGAACUCUGAGGGAGGCAAAACUAACCCAAGUGCACAAGUCCACAGGAGUGAAAUAUUAAGCACUAGAAUGGUCAUGGAGGUCACAUAUUUAAGACAGAGCUCUCUCCUCUCCUCUGUCAGAGACCUUUGUUUGCUUCAUGCAUUUAGGGACUCUUGCUGCAUUGAAAUACACUUGUAACUGUGAAGUCUUUGGGAUGUCUUGGCCUUUUGUCAUUAGGUAGUGUCCUCCUUUGUCUGUAGGAACAAUUUUUGUUUUAAUGCCCAUUCUGUCUUGUAUUACCAGAGCCACUUUUUCUGCUAUUUCCAUAGUGUAUCUUUUAUAUUCUUUUAGUUCCAAUCAAUUUGUGACUUUGAAACUAAAUUGAGUCUGUUUUAGACAGCAU